GUAAUCACGUAACGUAUUCUAUAAGCAAGUUUCAAUGUUCGUCGUUAGUUCAAAGAGACAGGUGUUUUUAUUUUCAUCAAUCAUUAUCACCAUGUAACAAUAACAAUUAUUAUCUUGUUGUUUAUUAAUAAACAUCAAUGUGUUACAUUAAUAACUAAAACGUAGAGAAGUUUAGUAUAGAGAGUUUCUACAAAAUGAAUAAUUACGCAACAUUACAAGAUGUUGAAACUGAAGACACUGGGGUGUUAUUUCAUGUGGCCGAACAAUCUCGAGCUCGGUGGAAUCACAUUCAAGACUUGGAUUCCUUUUUCUCGAGAAUGUAUAAAUAUCAUCAACGACACGGAUUUUUUUGUAUGCUCGCCCAAGAAAUAUCAGAAUUAAUCCAAUUUGUUUUUAUCAUUUUUUUUACCGUCUUCUUAAUUUACUUUAUCGAUUACGAUAUGUUAUUUAGAAAUAAAUUACCACCUGGAAAUUCAACCAGAGUGACAAUCGGAGAUGUUGUAUAUCCAGUGGGGGAAUGGGCUGGUCGUUUGAAUAUGUGGACUUGGAUAGUGUUAUUGAUAGCUUUUUUCGUGUGGUUAUUACGGUUGUGUCGUAGCGGUUACAGUUUAUUACAAUAUUGGGAUAUCAAACAAUUUUAUAACACAGCUUUAGGAUUCGCGGAUUCGGAUUUAGAAAAUUUAACGUGGCAUCAAAUACAAACGAAAGUGCGAGCGGUUCAAUUAGAACAAGAAAUGUGCAUACACAAACGUGAACUAACCGAGUUGGAUAUUUAUCACAGGAUAUUAAGACAAGUUAAUUAUUUUGUCGCGAUGACUAAUAAAAGAUUAAUUCCACCAAGAAUACAAUUUCCUUUGUUGGGGGAGGUUAUUUAUUGGACUCGGGGGUUAAGAUAUAACAUACAAUUGUUGUUAUUUUGUUCUCCUUGGGCGCCCUUUGAGAAUCCUUGGCAUUUAAAAGAGGAAUAUCGUAAACAAAAUUUGCGACAUGAAUUAGCUAGGAAAUUAAGCACGCAAAUUAAGUGGCUUGCGUUAGGAAAUGCUAUUUUAAUUCCAUUAAUUUUCGUUUGGCAACUUUUGCACACUUUUUUUUCGUACGCGGAAAGUUUGAAACGAGAACCUGGUAUUUUGGGAUUGCGGAACUGGUCAAUGUACGGACGAUUGUAUUUGAGGCAUUUUAAUGAACUCGAUCACGAAUUCCAAGCAAGAUUAUGCAGGGCUCAUCGACCGGCUUCCAGAUAUCUAGCCGUUUUUGGGUCAUCAUUAGCGGCGAUUAUCGCAAGAUGUUUUAUGUUUAUGUGUAGCUCUAUCUUGGCCGUUUUUAUUAUUUUAACUGCUUAUGAUCCAGAUGUAAUUUCCGUCGAGCAUCUUUUAACUGUUAUGACAGUUUUGGGGGGUUUAAUCCCGGUUUGUCGCGCAAUGAUCCCUGAUGAAACAACUGCCUAUUGUCCUGAAUUAUUAUUAGCGAACGUACUUCAAUACACAGAUUACUUACCACCGGGAUGGAGAGGGCAAGCUCACACCAUUCGUAUUCGAACUGAAUUUCAACAACUUUUCCAAUACAAAUUCGUUGCGAUUCUUGAAGAAUUAUUUUCGCCGUUACUCACACCGUACGUUUUAUGGACUUAUUUUAAACCGAGAUCGUUAGAUUUAGUGGAUUUCUUCCGAAAUUUUACUGUCUCGGUAGUCGGGGUUGGCGACGUUUGUAGUUUUGCGCAAAUGGAUGUUCGAAGACACGGUAAUCCGGAUUGGCAAGAAACGGAUUCUGUAGCUCCAACACCCCGGGACCAAUACACCCAAGCUGAAGAUGGAAAAACUGAGUUGUCUUUAAUGCAUUUCCGCACUACGAAUCCACAAUGGAUUCCACCACCGGAAUCGAUGAUGUUUGUCGAAAACAUUGAAAGAGAAUCAAUGUCGAUUCAUCCAGCACAAAUCAAUAACGCGGGAGAUAUGUUGUUGAUGCAAACGAAUUUAACGGAUAGUUCGUUACAAGGCCCCGCUUGGAAAGCGGAGGGACCCUUAAAUUCUUUGCCAAACCACAUGAAUGCUAGCACGAUGUAUUUACAUCAAUUAAACCAUAGUCGACAAACGGGAAAUAGAUAUAUCCCAACAGCUGUUGAAACAACACCGCUUUUACAAUCGCCACAACUCCGAUGAGGAAAUUGUUUUAAAUAUUGUGUAAAUAGAUAACAAAUAAAGUGUUCAAAAUGUAAAUAUGUAAUGCGUGUAAUGUAAUAAUUAAUAGAUUUUAUUAAUAACAAUCGACAUUGUUAUUGACAGCUCUACACAAAAGGGGAUGUUUUAGUUGUAAAUAUUUUUAAAAAGAAAUAUAAAAUAAGUGAGAGGACGAGUUAUAUUUUAAUCUCGAACCGUGCUUAGUCAAUCGAAAGGCUGAUAUAUAAAUAUAUAAAGAAUAUAUUGUUAUUAUAAAAAUAAAACGAAAAAAAAAUCAAAUCGUAAAGUAAUAAAAUGUAAUACUUUCUAAUUUUCAAUUCAUAUGCUACUUUAAAACCGAUAUUCUACGAUAUAAACGAGAUAGGGUCGCUUUAGGAGUUAUUUUUUCACUAUUCUAGAUUAAGUGUGAUAAAUUAUUGAAAUUGUUAUAGCUUUAAAUCGGCUGCGAAUGUACAACUACUUAAAAGAAAAGAAAGUGGAAUAAAAAAUAUAUACAUAUA